AUGACAAACUACCACAGUAUUAAGGAGCUUGAUAUUGAACAAUUAAUUCAAGAGUUAACAUUAUCCGAAAAAGUUUCUCUUUUAGCAGGAGUGGAUACCUGGCACACAGUUCCGAUUAAGAGAUUGGGAAUUCCUUCUAUUAGAACUUCAGACGGUCCGAAUGGGAUUAGGGGUACAGCCCAUUUUAACGGUGUUCCAUCAAAUUCGUUUCCUUGUGGGACAGCUAUGGCAGCCACUUUUAAUAAGGAAUUGUUAGAAGAAGCGGGUUCUCUAAUGGGGAAGGAAGCCAGAAUGAAGGGUGCUCAUGUUAUCUUAGGUCCAACGUGUAAUAUCGUUCGUUCCCCAUUGGGAGGUCGAGGAUUUGAAUCAUAUUCAGAAGAUCCUUUAUUAUCAGGACACGCUGCUUCUUAUGUUAUUCAAGGGAUUCAAAAUAAGGAAAAGAUUCUUGCUUGUAUUAAGCAUUAUGUGUGUAAUGACUUGGAAGACGAGCGUAGAUCCAUAGAUACCAUCAUUACGGAAAGAGCAUUAAGAGAAAUAUACUUGAAGCCAUUCCAGAUUGCUCUUCGUGAUUCGAAUCCAAAAUCCAUGAUGACAGCCUAUAACAAGGUCAACGGAGUUCAUGUUUCGCAGUCCAAGAAGUUAUUACAAGACAUUUUAAGAAAAGAAUGGGGUUACGAGGGUACUGUUAUGUCCGACUGGUUCGGCAUUUAUUCUACUAAGGAAUCUUUAGAUGCGGGUCUUAACUUAGAAAUGCCUGGUCCAACCGUUUUCCGUGAGGACAUUCCAACCUCCCAUAUGGUCUUCGCUAAUGAAGUUCACAAUGAUGUCAUUGAUGAAAAUGUCCGCUCUAUCUUGAAGAUGGUUAAUGAAGCGAUGAAAAGUGGAAUUCCAGAAAAUGCACCAGAAAUUGCAAACGAAAGUCAAGAAGCUUCCAAUUUAAUAAGAAAAAUAGGAGGUGAAUCAAUUGUAUUGUUGAAAAAUGAAUCUAACACUUUACCAUUAUUCAAGACAUCUUCUAAGGGUAAUGAGAAAUAUGCUAUCAUAGGACCCAACGCUAAGGUUGCCCAAGAUUCAGGUGGGGGUUCUGCUUCCAUGCAUUGUCGUUAUAAGACUACUCCGUAUGAAGGUAUUAAGGCAAAGUUGGAAGAAGCUGGGAAUUCAGUUUCAUUAGACUAUGAACUUGGUGCUUCGUUGGAUAAGACUUUACCAGAUAUUGGUCCACUCUUGAAGACUGAAUCCGGAGAAGCUGGUUUUACUGCUACCUUCUACAAAGAGGACCCAGGUGUGAAGUCUAGAAAACCCUUUGAAGAAUUACACUUAAAGAGCUCAAAAAUAGUUUUAGCCGACUUCAAGAGCGAUCAAUUAAAGCCAGAUGAACUAUUAUACUACGCAAACUUCGAAGGAAUCUUUGUUCCUGAAGAAUCAGGAACUUACGAGCUUGGGUGUUCGUGCUUGGGUAGUGCUCAGAUUUUUUUAAACGACAAACUUAUUGUUGACAAUAAAACUAAUCAACAAAAAGGUGAAGCUUUUCUUUUGGGAACAGGUACUAUUGAAGUAAUAUCUAAUAUUGACUUGAAGAAAGAUAUUAAAUAUCAUGUGAGAGUGGAAUUUGGAACAUCCCCUACAUAUUCUUUUCCUAAUGAAUCUCUUGGUGCUGGUGGAGUCUACUUUGGUGCUCGUUUGAAAUCAACCCUGCAAGAGAAAAUUGCAAGAGCCGUGGAAUUAGCUAAGAAGGUCGAUAAAGUGAUCUUGUGUAUUGGUUUAACUAAGGACUGGGAAACUGAAGGAUUCGAUCGUCCAAACAUGGACAUUCCCGGUUACACUGAACAAUUGAUUUCAGCAGUUUCUGAAGUUAAUCCUAAUGUUAUUGUUGUAAAUCAAUCUGGUACUCCGGUCACUAUGGCACCGUGGGUUCAAAAAGUUCCGGCUUUAGUGCAAGCUUGGUAUGGUGGUAUCGAGUUGGGUAACUCAAUUGCUGAUGUGUUAUUCGGUGAUGUCAAUCCAUCCGGUAAGUUGUCCAUGACUUUCCCUGAAAGAUUAGAGGACAAUCCAUCGUACAUCAACUUUGCAUCAACAAACGGUCGUGUAUUGUAUGGUGAAGAUGUCUUCGUUGGUUACAGAUUCUACGAAAAGGUGAAGCGCAAGGUCUUGUACCCAUUUGGUUACGGUUUAUCCUAUACAUCAUUUAAAUUUGACGGUUUGAAGGUCUCCUCUACCGAUGAUUCGCUCACUGCGUCGGUUACAGUCACCAACACAGGAAAGGUUGAAGGUUCCGAAACCGUUCAAUUGUACAUCAAGCCCGAAAAUCCAAGUAUCAUUAGACCUAUUAAGGAAUUGAAAGAAUUCGGAAAGGUCCAUUUGGCUCCAGGUGAAACCAAGUCAGUUGAAUUGACAGUUUCUAUCAAAGAAGCCACCUCAUUCUGGGACACUUAUAAAGAUAAAUGGUGUUCCGAAAAAGGAGACUAUGCGGUUCAAAUUGGAAACAGCUCGGACAACAUUUUACUUGAAGAAAGUUUUAAAACUACAAAAACAUUUUACUGGUUAGGAUUAUAG